AUGGACGCGGCUUACAAGAAUGGUGACUUCACCGACUUAGUUAUCAGCUGCGGCAACUCGACAUUCGAUGUGCAUUCCGUUGUGGUUGGGUCAGCAUGCGAGUUCUUCGCGAAUAAUAUCAAAUUCGCUGGAAAGGUCAAUCCGCAGCGUUUCGCGCCAACCUCCCGUAUUGACAUUGGACAGGAAGCUGAUGAACGACGUAUCGAUCUGCCGGACGAUGAUCCAGACAUGAUCCGACGCUUAAUCGCUUACCUGUAUCUGGGUGACUACGAUCCCACCGACGACAUUGGCAUCGCCGCGUUCGAACAACUCAAGCAAUAUGACCUCAACACAGCAGCGGCGCCCGCUCACCACCUCCGCAGAGAUGUAUGGGGAAGCUCUCAGCCUCAUGAUCAAUGCGCUUGCCUCGCGUUGAACCUCAAGAAUAUCGAGCAGGCGGAAUUGAAAGUAGAGCAGCAGAAGAAAGCGUCCCAAUACGUCAGCCACCGAAAGCCCGACAACAGCAUCGAAAUCACUAGUCCGCUUACAAUACACGCGAGCAUGUAUGCGCUCGCUGAUAAAUAUCAGGUGAAGGGGCUUAGUCGUCUGGCAAAAACCAAGUUUCGGGAUAGUCUGGAUCACCACGUUGAUUCCGAAGACUUCAUCGCCGCAGUACAGCUCACGUAUAGCAACACCCCAGAGACCAACCGCGGUCUUCGAGACGAGAUAGUGCAGGCUUUCCGGACAUAUUUCAAGGUAGACAUCACCGAGUUACCUGGGCUGGAAUCCAAGCUAGACACCAUUGAUGAGCUGGCUUUUCUGCUUCUCAAAUCCUGGCCCAGAAAGAUGGAAUCUGCAAGCCCUAAGAAGUUUGUCUCAUCUGCGGGUGCCGCUCACACGGCUUCUCAUCUGGUUAUUACCGCUGGCCCGCCCACCUCCGGUACCAACGCGACUUCCGCUUCUUCCAACGCUCCUGCGACGACCACUGGGUUUGCCUCUUAUGCUCGUACAUCGGCGGCCACUACCUCUAGUACUCCAGCCACCGGAAGCUUGUUCGGAAGCUUCCCCCCACGUGCUUCGGGUGGAUUCGCAGGCUUCUCGUUAACACCCAGUAGUACUGGCAACGCGGGAUCAAGUCAACCAGCUCUUCCUUUCGGGUCUCCAGCGUAA